CGAAGAGAAUUUUGAAGAAUCGAAGGUCAAAGCCGGGUCUGCCAUUGUUCAUUCGCGAUUUUGUCAUUGUGAUUCACAUCGAUCCAGAAAUUUUUGAUGGCUAUACUUCCGAGAUUCUAAGCGAUUUGAGGGACUCUUUCAAGUCCCAACUCCUUUUUGUUAAAUUGGGAGUGCAGCAAAUCAAUAGGCUACAUUUGAAGCUUCAGGUAUGGAAGAUGAAUAGAAGAAGAAAAAGGUUAGAGAGCUCGAUCCCUGGCCAGCGUCAAGACUGAUCUUCACCGGCGAUAGAAAUCCUGAAUUGCAGCCAUGGAUGCUCAAUUCAAGGUUUUGGAAGGAAAAUAUUUGAGUGUUGAUGAAUGGAUCAACGAGCAGGAGAAGAAGUUAGACCAGAUCAUGCUGAUUUUGAAGAAAAUGGAAACUAAUACAGGCAAGGAGAAGGAUUUUCGUGCUCCUGCAGGUGACGGGAACCAAUCACAGGCAAGAAACCUCAAUUUCAACCCUAAAUUGGAGUUUCCAAAAUUCGAUGGCAAUAACACAAGGAUCUGGAUCAAAAAGGCAUGUAAGUACUUCGAACUCUGUAAAAUUCCGGAUGAUCAGUGGGUAGAUAUUGCUAGCUUACAUAUGGUGGAUAAGGCUGAAAAUUGGGUCACUAGCUACCUGCCGUAUAGAAAAUAUGUGGCUUGGCAUGAGUUUAUCAUCGAUUUAAGUUCCAGAUUUCGAGAUGAGAAGGGAUUUCAGAAUAACCAUUACCUGCUUGAUUCUUACAUCCUGGACUCUUUUAUUGGAGGGUUGAAACCAAGUGUUAGGCUAUUUGUUAAGGCAUUCAAGCCUACUGGAAUAGCACAAGCUAUAGAGUAUGCAAGGUUAAAGGAAGAAGCCUUGGAGGUGGAAGGGUCAAAGUUUUCCAAAUCUAGCUACCAUAGUAGUCAGAAACCAUGGAUGGAAGGGCAGAAAAAUUACUUGAGUAAUUUUGGAAAACCUCCUCUCUUACCCACUCCAAACGUCAAGUCUGCUACCAGGCAGAAACCUGAUCUUUAUGGGCAAAAAGCUCCAAACAGAAGCUAUAAAUAUAUUCCAGCUGAUGUUAGAGCUGAAAAGAUAGCUAAAGGGUUGUGUUAUUAUUGUGACAAACCUUUUGAGAAGGGCCAUAAAUGUAGCUUCAAGGAGCCUCAACUGUUUACUGUUGAAAUUCCUGCCGAAUGGGCAUGUCAGGAGGAACAAAAGGAGGACAAGAAUGUUGACCUGGAUAGUGAAGUGGAUUCUACUUUCAAGGGCGAUAAUUCUGAUGCUUACCUGGGAAAGCUCAUUCAAGGGAGUUAUGCCCUGGACCUGAACCUGUUGAAGCCCUUCUAUGGAGUUCUUCCAGAAGCAAUCCAUAUUCCAGCAUGGUUUCAAGGCAAGCCGUCUACCACACGCCCUACACCUGAAGCAAUUCUUGAUAGGCGUAUCAUGAAGGUUCAAAAUAAAGCCGAGGUUCAGUUCUUGGUUCAUUGGAAAGGCUUCAGCCACUGGGAAGCUACUUCGGAGCCCGCAGAUGACUUUCAGGCCACAUAUCCUCAUUUCCCCUUGACAUCAUGACUUGAGGACAAGUCUUUCCAAAAAGGAGGGAGCAAUGUUAUAGCCAAGCUGAUGUGGCAGUGGUUGUUAGUGGUAGUUAGUUGGUUAGAAGUUUGUUGGGUUUGUUAGCUGAUCAUUCACUUGUAUAAAUAGGUGGCCUUGUACAUUCAUCACAUAUCAUGAAUAAAGAUCAAUUUUCCCU